AGUAUACGAGGGUAUUCUGUGUCCUGAUCAUUGAAAUAUGGCGCCUUUUUAAUAUAAAGGGUAAUAUUCUAGUAGUUUGAGUUUAGAGCUGAAAUUAACAGUAAAGGCCAACUGAAGAAUUGAUUAACACUGGUGUCCGUCUUCUGGGUCAUUGAAUUUAUAAUUGUCCUUUGGAAAACAGUCAAGGAAGCGCAUCGAGUCGGGUCAACAUCUCGCAAUUAUGGCGGCGUCCUCUGUGAUAGUCUUCUCAUUUACUUUAUGCCUGUGCUUUGUGCCUGUCUUCUUGRCAUCUGAUCAGUGUGUGCCCUUGAAAGGUGGACCAUUUGAAGCUUGUAGUGYCUCUGGAUACAACCAUACCUUCCCGGUUCCUCGCGAACUGUCUUCCCGAUCAAAGGAGACAAUCAAACGAACUAUUUAUUACAUGACGCRKAUGGCUAGAAAUUGUUCUGUUGCAAGCAUAGCAGAGACAAUGUCGUGUUCGUAUCUAGCUCCCUACUGCAAAGACGGCAACGCUGUUUUGCCCUGUAAACGAGUCUGUUCUGAGUUUCUUAAGCGCUGUGCAAGCCAGUUUCCCCCGUUUUUAGUUGAUAUUUUGGUAGCGAUGUGUACUCUCCUUCCAAACACCACUUCAAGUGAGGGCAAAUGUUUUGAGCCUCCAGACUUUACUAAGCAUCACAACUCUUCCAGUGAAGGACCACUAGAAAGAAAGUGUUCAAAAAUCCUUUUUCCUUUUUGCAAAAAUAUUGGUUAUCCCCUGACCAUCAUAACAAAGGAAAGACAAAUGGUGRCGUACAAGGAAAUGUACGGAAAGAACUUCACAGAUACCGAAGAUGCCGCUAAACCUGCACCGAUCUCCAUGCUUCAAAAACUGAUAACCUACAUAAAAAACCAUUCAUCAUGUGCCCAGGAUAUUCAAAAACUCUUUUGCGCAGAAGUAUUUCCGCCUUGUUUUGAAGGUGAAGGGCUCGCUUAUUACACAGUUUGUAAGAACGUCUGCUUGAGUAUUGCAAGAAAAUGUCCAUCCUUUCUUGACAGUAACCUYGGUUACUUUGGGUACUGCGAGCGAAUGGCGGCAGGAAGCAUUACUAAACGAAAUGGCUACUGUAAGCACACUUCGUGGCCACCCCCGAUGAAWUGGCUCGACGUUUUUCAAGACAUUCCGACAACUCCAACGAAAGAGAAAGGCGGUAUGGGUGGUGUAGUGAUAGCUGUCAUUGUUCUGGUACCUCUCAUCAUCGCCGGCGUCACCAUAGGUCUGGUAUACUAUUGCAAAACCCGAAGACUCACUGCUAAAGGAUAUUCUAGGCAAGAAGAUGACAAGGCUGAUCUGGUAACUUGAUGUAACGGAUUGAAGAACCAUCCUAAUGCUUUCAUUUUCUAGGAUAUAUGUAAUUGCAAUGGUUCAUUAUUUUUCUUAACUAGCAUAUAAAAAUACAGCCUUAAGCCCCCUAAUGAGUUCCCGCAUUAGAUUUCCUCAUGGAAGUUUUGUUACCUGUGUAUUUCUAAGCAAUGAUUCCUUUCGUACCCCUGAUAUCCUGUCAUUUCUCAGAAGUGCGAACCCUGCAGGAGAAUGAUACAACGAACGAGUUAGUGAAAUUUUAUUGCGGUUUGUUCUGAUAAGUGUUAUAUUUUAUACUGCAUUCCCCAUACGUUUUCUUGYGUAACACAUACUGGAACCUUGCUUGGGCUGCCUGUGUCUUAAAAUGUUCAGACAAGUGUUUCAUUUUCCAGCUGAUCUGAAAUAGAGACAUAGUAAUGACGUCACUGCAAAACAAAGGUGUUAAGAAGCCAGCAAAAAUUGAUCAGCGAAAAAUACAAACAUGCAUAUGUGGUCAUUGGAAUAAAAAUAUAAAACCUCAUGAAUUAUUGUGUCACUGUUAUCAAGCAAAGUAUUAGCAAAGUUUUUUUUUCAUUUGGUUACCUGGAAAUCCGAGAUUUCAAGAGGRAAAGUGACACCUCAGUUUUUCAAAAUUUCUUGAUUCUGAUUGGCUAACAUUUUUUCUCAGAUCAGCUGGUUAUACCCAACACAUUUGUACAGCAUAUAUAGGAACCCUGCUUGGGCUACCUGUGUCUUUAGAUGAAUUGAAAGUUCAUAGAUACAGAAAAGUAGAUAAUUUUGUACCAGUAUUUGAAGAUAUUGUUUUAUAUGGUUGAAAUGCAAUUUUAAAUGAGAACAUUCACAUCUGUACUCAUCUGGAACCAAGAACUCGCUCUUAAAAUUAUGAAARUAAAUAAAAAUAAGUCGCAGUUAAAUUGAACAUGUUUUCAUGCAAUA